UCACAGUUGAUCCUCGAGGAGGAAGGUCUCCGUCUGUUUGUCCGAAUAAAGAAACAUCAGUCGUUAUUCUGUCAAAGCUUCAGAUGCGACAGUCCACAAUGAGGACUUUGUUUUUUCUGGUUUUCCUGGGAACAGGUCUUCAUGGGGCGGCGGCAGUGGCUCACUCUCUGAAGUAUUUCUACACUGGUUCUUCUGGAGUCCCAAACUUCCCAGAGUUUGUGAUUGUUGGGGUGGUCGAUGAAGUUCAGAUGUUUCACUAUGACAGCAACACCAAGAGAGCAGAACCCAAACAGGACUGGAUGAGCAGAGUCACAGCAGAUGAUUCAGAGUACUGGGAGAGGGAGACUAAGUUGUUGACGGGAGACCAGAAGUACUUCAAAUCCAACAUUGAAGUUCUUAAGCAGCGCUUCAACCAAACUGGAGGUGUCCACAUUUACCAGAGGAUGUACGGCUGUGAGUGGGACAAUGAGACUGGAGUGGUUAAUGGUUACGAUCAGUGGGGUUAUGAUGGAGAAGACUUCAUCUCAUUUGACCUGAAGACAGAGACAUUCAUUGCUCCAAAACACCAAGCUGUCAUCACCAAACAGAAGUGGGAUAAUAACAAAGCUUUCUCAGGCGGUCAGAAAAACUACCUGACCCAGCUUUGUCCUGAGUGGCUGAAGAAGUAUGUGAACUAUGGGAGGAGCUCUCUGCUGAGAACAGAGCUCCCCUCAGUGUCUCUCCUCCAGAAGACUCCCUCCUCUCCAGUCAGCUGCCACGCUUCAGGUUUCUACCCUAACAGAGCCUCACUCGUCUGGAGGAAAGAUGGAGAGGAGCUUCACGAGGGCGUGGAGCUCGGAGAGACCCUCCCCAACCACGAUGGAACCUUCCAGAUGAGCGCUGACCUGAAACCUUCAGCGUCUGAAGACUGGGGGAAGUACGAAUGUGUGUUUCAGCUCUCUGGUGUGAAGGACGUCGUCACCAGACUGGACAAAGCAGUGAUCAGGACCAACGGGGAGAGUCCUGUUUACAUUUACAUCAUUGUUGCAGUGGUUGUUCUCGCUCUCGCCCUCAUCGCUGCCGUUGGAUUCAUGAUUUACAAAAAGAAGAACGCCAAACGCCCUCCAUCUCCUAUAAACAACCCUGAGGUCAUGGAGGAACUGAAUCCAAAAGGCUGAAAGACAAACACAGCAGCAGCACCCUGAACACAGUUUCUGGAUACAUUUUGCAACAAGGAGCGCUGCGGCCACGUUCUCCUCCAUAAACUGGGAUUUCAUUGGUUAUUCAUCCUCAUGUCAAACAGUGAUAGAAUCAGGGUUGGGAAUCUAGUCGUCGAUGCUUAUUGAUCAGAAUACAAAGAAAACA